AUGGAAAACCUUAGUCUCAACGACCCUCCUCCCUCCUCCCCGCAGAGACAGCCAAAUGCCGUCUUGCCAGGCGUCCCGUCACAGGGCCCGCCUCAGCUACCGCCACAGAUGUUCACCACCGCGGCGCAGCUUCUGGAUUUGACCGAUAAAAAACUCCUUCUCGUCCUGCGCGAUGGACGCAAGAUCUUCGGCAUCCUACGCUCCUGGGACCAAUUCGCGAAUCUCGUCCUGACUGAAACACGCGAACGCUACUUUGUCAGCAUCCCCGGCAGCACCAGCACGGAUGCCCUCUCCGCGACAGCCUCGAAAGACGCACCCACUUUAUCCGCCAAUACCUCUCUGAGUACUUCUACCCUCCCGCGCAACAUGUACUGCGAUAUCCCUCGCGGCACGUACCUAGUCCGAGGUGAGAAUGUGUUGUUACUGGGCGAGGUGGACCUUGACAGGGACGAUGACCCGCCGCCGGGGUACGAGCUGGGCGACGUUGAAGAAGUCUUUCGAUUGCAUCGCGCAAUCGAGCUGGAGAAGAAGCGCAAGGACAAGAUCAGAGCUCGGAAGAUUGGACAGCUCUGGGGCGGCGAGAUUGAGGGGAGCGGAGAGGUGCUGUUUUAG